CCAUCUCAUUACUCUUAAUUUCAAUCGCACACUUUCACAUUCGUUAGCGAUCACUCUUUUUUUUCCUUUUGUGCAAUUUCAAAAAUUUCAGAUUUUCGCGGUUUUACUCGUGCACAUUAUUAAGUUUGCUCUGUUAUAGACUUCAAGAAUUUAUUCCAUCACAUCACAGAUGAUGCUACUUCGACGAACAACUCUGAUAUUCACAAACAACCUCACCGUUCAACUCUGAUAUCACUUCUUCCUUUUCACACAACAACAGCAAGAAAAAAACACAACUUAUAGGCUUGUGAUUAAGUGGUUGUGUAAAAAGGGGAUGAUGAAUCAUGCUCAUGAAGUGUUUGGUGAAAUGUGCGAGAGAGGUAUUCUAGUUGAUAGUUUGACAUUGGGAUAUGUUGUGUAUGGGCUUCUAACAAAACAUAGAGUUAGAGAGGCUUAUCAAGUGUUAGAGAAGAUUGAUGUUGUGGAUAUGAGUGUUUAUCAUGGAUUGAUAAAAGGGCUUUUGAAGUUGAGAAGAGCAAGUGAAGCAACUCAAUUGUUUAGGGAGAUGAUAAAGAGAGGUAGCGAACCGAAUAUGCAUACCUAUAUAAUGUUGUUGCAGGGUCAUUUGGGGAGGAGAGGGAGGAAAGGGAGUGAUCCUCUUGUCAAUUUUGAUACUAUUUUUGUUGGUGGUUUGGUGAAAGUUGGACAUUCAAAGGAAGCUACUAAGUAUGUGGAGAGGGUGAUGAAUAGAGAGAUGGAGGUGCUGAGGUUUGAUUAUAACAAAUUUUUGCAUUACUUUUCGAACGAGGAAGGUGCGGUAAUGUUUGAGGAUGUAGCGAAAAAGUUGAGGGAAGUAGGGUUGGUUGAUUUGGGAGACAUACUUGAGAGAUAUGGACAGAAGAUGGCAACCAGAGAUAGGAGGAGGAAUAGAUUUCCAAUAAUUAAGGAUACUAAUGUAUGAUAAACGAGUCAUGUAAGUAUUAUGCAGAUUGAUGUAAAAAAACUAAAGUUGAUUAGAAAUGAAGCGUUAAUGGUAGUGGAGAAAUCUGGCUAAUGUAUGUUUUCCUAUUAAUGAGCUCUUUAAGUGGGACUCUUGUCAAAAAUGAGAUUUCUUUGCAAAAGAUUUCUGUAUCUCAAAAAAUAAGUAA